AUGGCUAGCGGGAAGCCGGACAGGGAUUGCCUUUAUGGGAUGUACCGAAUGAUGGAGGAAAGAGGCGCCGAGGGAAUUUUCGAAUUCUGGAUGGACGGGGACUAUCCCGUUUACAUCCGCCGCUGGCAGCUAUGCCGACCCAGUGAUGAUGUGGAACCACCCACAGAGUACAAAGUUGAGUUUAUUCCUGAGCACUUCAAGAUUGUCGAGUUGGACAUUACUGAGGGUGAGGAGCUCUCUGUGCUCUGCCGCGGAGUGGGGGGUGCGGAGUUGGCGCAUCUGCGGCUCCCUCCCUCCGCAGCCUUCAUGGAACUGGAGAGGCAACUGCAGGAGGCGAUGCCACCCUUGGGCCUCAGCGAGGCGCUCUCUUUGGUCGAUGCCAAGACAGGGGCCCGUCGUGCAUUGAUCUCGGCCGUAGAUUUGUAG